ACGUCACAAGCUUGCAAGAUGGCGCUCGGAAGGCUGUGAGAUGAGAGAGAGUGGUAAGCCGAGAACGCUCCUACCGAUGUAAUAAGGUGUAUGGGUGUAGGAACACGAGGUGGAGAUGGAACUGCCAAAUCAUGCCAAACAAGUGCUGCUGCAGCUGAACCAGCAGCGGGCCAAAGGCUUCCUGUGCGACGUGAUCAUCGUGGUGGAGAACGCGCUCUUCCGGGCGCACAAGAACAUCCUGGCGGCCAGUAGCAUCUACUUCAAGUCCCUGGUGCUCCACGACAACCUCAUCAACCUGGACACGGAGAUGGUCAACCCGUCCGUCUUCCGCCAGAUCCUGGACUUCAUCUACACGGGCAAGCUGCCCUCCUCCGACCAAACCAGCGACCAGAACUUCACCGCCCUCCUGACGGCGGCCAGCUACCUGCAGCUGCACGACCUGGCGGCUCUGUGCAGGAAGAAGCUCAAGCGCAACGGGAGGGUGGUCCCGCCGAAGCAGUCUACGCCCGGCGCGGGGAGACCCCUCCGAGCCCAGCGGGUCUCCGGCGCCGCGUCCGCGGGGCAGAAGCGUUUCGCCGAGUCCGACUGCGAGGGCGGCAAGCCUGCGGAGGACCCGCUGAAGGACAAGCUCUCCGAUGACGAGCUGUUCGCCGGCGGCUCCGCCCCCCUCCGCCGCGCGGCGGGGAAGAGCGGCAGCAGCGGGGACCUGAGCUCGGGCAGCGCCGCGGAUCAGGAGCUGGGCCUGGACCUCUCCAAGAAGAGCCCGUCCGACAGCACGGCCACGGAGGAGGUGAGCCCCAACAGCCUGCCGCGGGGCUCGCCCCACUCCGCCACCAACAGUGCCUCUUUCGACGACCCCGCGCCCAACCCGGACGGAGUGGAGCCCAUGGACGUGGCGGCGGGCGGCGAGGAGAAGGCCCGGACGCCGCCAGAGGAGGCCGGACCCCCGCGCAAGAGCUCUCGCCAGGUCGCCCGGAAGAAGGAGUGGCCCAAGAAGGAUGCGGGCGGGGCCAAGGGGGAGGAGAGGGCGGUGCCCAACGGCGUCAUCGUCGGGCCCAAACCCGGCGACAGCCAAUCGGGCAGCAGCGGGGCGGGGAGCGCCAGCAGCUUCACCUCCGACCUCUCCUUCCAGGGCAAGGAGGAAGAGGAGGGCGAGAACGGGCAGGAGCAGAGCGAGGAGAGCGGGCAGAGCGACGGGGAGGGCGGGGCCGGGGCCCGGGCGGGCGGAGGGGCCGGGGCCAACUACGUCUACCGGCAGGAGGGCUUCGAGCCGGCCUUCGGCGACAACCUGUACGUGUGCAUCCCCUGCGGGAAGGGCUUCCCCAGCUCGGAGCAGCUCAACGCCCACGUGGAGACGCACACCGAGGAGGAGCUCUACAUCAAGGAGGAGGGCACGUACGUGAAGGAGGAGGAAGAGGAGGAGGCGGAGGAUCUGUCCGCCGCAACGCCGGCCUUCGGCGUCGGCGCGGAGCCCCGCCCGUUCAAGUGCUCGGUCUGCAGCAAGAGCUACAAGGACCCGGCGACCCUGCGGCAGCACGAGAAGAGCCACUGGCUGACCCGGCCCUUCCCCUGCAACAUCUGCGGCAAGAUGUUCACGCAGCGCGGCACCAUGACCCGCCACAUGCGCAGCCACCUGGGGCUGAAGCCCUUCGCCUGCGAGGAGUGCGGCAUGCGCUUCACGCGCCAGUACCGGCUGACCGAGCACAUGCGCGUGCACUCCGGCGAGAAGCCCUACGAGUGCCAGCUCUGCGGCGGCAAGUUCACCCAGCAGCGCAACCUCAUCAGCCACCUGCGCAUGCACACGUCCCCCACGUAAAGCAGCCUCCCGUCGCCAGCUCCCAUCAGCCACCUGCGCGCCCUCACAUCCCUGUCAUAAGCCAAAGACUGAAGAUCCCUUGUUCUGCAAACACUC